AAAAACAGAAUAUUUUGUCGAAAAUCGUCACAAUGCAUUUUACAUUAUAAAUAGUAAUUAAGCUUCCACAUUAAUUCCUAAUCGUCACACAAAUUAAUUGUAGUGUCAAAACAUAUCAAAUUUUAAAUCUUAGUGCGUGAAUCAACCGGCAUUUCGUCCCAUGAUUGAUAACUAUGGCUUCUGGGUCUAAGAAUGAAAUUGUCAAUAGAUUGUUGAAUGUGAUAGUAGAAGACGGGGGGGGAGAAGAUUUACCCCCUCAAAACAUGUUACCUUCAAACCAGCAAGCGAGACAAAGUGGUAGAGCCGAGGAAGAGAUUGGACACGCGAGUGAGCCUACUCCUUCAUCAUCAGCCAUAGAAAAUUUGCCUAUACACAACACUGGAGGGCGUUUGCACAACUGGCAGGCGACGAAAACGACCGUUAAGGAACGUUUAUCAUUUUUAUUCAAUAAUGAAAUAUUGUCCGAUGUUCAUUUUAUUGUGGGCAAAGAGGCAAAUCAGCAAGUGAUACCCGCGCACAAAUUCGUUUUAUCAGUAGGCAGUGCAGUGUUCGACGCGAUGUUCAACGGCGUGCUGGCUACGAAGUCGGACGAGGUGGAAUUACCGGACGUGGAGCCCGCCGCUUUUCUCCAUUUACUCAAGUUCCUAUAUUCAGAUGAGGUUCGUAUCGGACCUGAGAGCGUCAUGACGACAUUGUAUACAGCUAAGAAAUAUGCGGUCGCUGCCUUGGAGGAGCAUUGUGUGGAUUUUUUGAAGAGUAACUUAGGCACAGACAAUGCAUUCCUCCUUUUAACUCAAGCCAGACUGUUUGAUGAGCCACAGCUUGCCGCUCUGUGCUUGGAAAUGAUUGAUAAAAACACAGCUGAUGCAGUUAACGCUGAGGGAUUUACGGAUAUCGAUCAAGAUACUUUAAAUGCUGUUUUAGAAAGAGAUACACUCCGUAUAAGAGAAGCGAAAAUCUUCGCGGCUGUGCUCCGAUGGUCGGAAGCGGAAUGCAUACGACGGCAACUGCCAGUGACACCAAACAACCAAAGAAUGGUUCUCGGCAGAGCGUUUCACGCAAUACGCUUUCCGCUAAUGUCCGUAGAGGAGUUCGCAAUGGGCCCCGCUCAGAGCGGCUUACUCGACGAUAGAGAAAUCGUCCAACUCUUUCUAUACUUUACGGUUAAUCCAAAACCAAAUGUAGGCUUCCUGGACACGCCAAGGUGUUGUAUGACUGGUAAAGAGCUGACGGUGAACAGGUUCUCGCAAACUGAGUCGAGGUGGGGAUACAGUGGGACCACAGAUAGGAUCAGGUUUACGGUUGACCAGAGGAUUUUUGUUGUGGGUUUCGGGUUGUAUGGAAGUUACUUUGGGCCGAGUGAAUAUGAAGUGCAUUUACAGAUAAUACACCUAGCCACAAAGAAAGUCUGUGGUUCGAACACAACGACCUUCUGCUGCGACGGCACCGAUGAUACAUUUCGGGCCAUGUUCAAGGAGCCAGUGGAAAUACUGCCCAAUACCUCUUAUAUUGCCAGUGCUAAAUUAAAGGGCACAGACUCAUACUACGGCACAAAAGGGCUGCGCCGCGUGACCGUAGACUGUAACAACGGUGAGAAAGUCGCCUUCCAAUUCUCGUACGCGGCCGGAAAUAACAACGGCACUUCCGUUGAGGAUGGACAAAUACCCGCGAUUAUAUUCUACAUUUAACACAUAAUCGGUUUCGCGGAACUCAUUCUGUGUGGAAGGCUCGAGUUUUGUUCGUGAGGUUGGCAACACUGAGAGUGACAGAACGAAACGUCAAUGUCAUUGUGUGACGUGUGUCAAAUGGCGGGAUUCUGCGGGAAUUUGACAAAAAGUAUAUAGGGUAGAUGUAAGGAAGGCCGUUUAUUAUGGGUAGAUAAGAGUCAAGUGUCCACAAACAUAAUCAAAUAACAGUUCGAGAACCGGCUUAAGUGACGCUAAAGUAUGAGAAUUAUUUAAUUUCAUAUAUUAUGAAAAUUUUUACAUUGCAAAGAGGAAGCCUUUCUUAUUCCUUAUUUGAUUUUUUAAGCGGACAUUUUUUUAUCACAGGUCUGCCUCACCUCUACUCUCCAUAAAUAAAAAACAAUAUUGCUGAACUGAGGAUCUUAUCAGAGUUUGAAUUGUUGUUUUGAUUUUGAACAAAAUUCAAAUUUAAAUUUGUAUUGUGAAUUGAAAGCACAUUGAAAAAUUAUUUAUGAACUGAUCCAUGCGCAUACUCUGGACAUUGGCGUAUACGUUUGAUAGAUUUGAGCUAAUAAUGAAAAAGUAUAUAAUAAAGCAAUAGACUUGCCUUAAUUUGACACUGACUAAAUUAGAAAAAAGAAUAUAAUAUAAAUCAGUUUAAACACGUUUUUCGUAAGAGCGCGUUUUCUCUAGUUAAACCUAGUUAUAACUAUAUGCCUGAUUCAACUAGUUACAACCCUAGGUCUGGAUCUCGGUAGUGACUAGGGAAUACGCGUGCUAAGAAAAAAACAGGUUUUUGCUGUAACAUAUAUAUCGAAACAUUAAUAAAUUUUAUAGAGACUGGUAUGGAAGGAAUCUAAAAUAUAUCAUACUCGUAUAAAACAUGGUUAUCAAUGGUUAAUUAUUGCAUAGUAAAACUUUUCCUUUCUUGAUUUCCUUUUUUUAAAAAAAGCAAUUCAUAAUCAUAUGUUCACAACCAAAUUAUUUUAAGAUAUUAAUUUUAGGACUUCCUGAGUAUAUUUGUUUGUAUACUAUUGCAUACCAAUUAGGUUUUAGUCCAGUUUUUUAAAUACAAACAAAGAAGUGAUUUCAAAAUUUAAAGAAGAUAAAUGAACUCAAUAAUAUUCUUAAAAUUGCUGCAGGAGCAAUAAGAUUUUUCCUUAAAAAUUAUGUACAUACAAUUCUUAGUAGAAAUAUCUGGAAGUUUUAGCCCUUCAUUACUUGUAAGUCCUAUUAUAAUACUAAUCAGACUUAGGUAUAUUAUAAUAAUAAAUCCAAAAUUUUUAUCCAAAUCCAAAAAUUGCGACAUUUCUUUAUUAGUUUACAUAUCCCUCUCCGCUUAGUGAUACUAAUACGUGAGGGUUUAGGCAUAGACAUACAAUAAGGGACUAGACUCACAACCCUCACACAACGCUCAAAAUUUGUCGGAAGCAAAAUUCAGCCUGCACGUUUAUGAGGCAGAGUAUACAACUUUCAAGCUUACUGCCACGUAAUAAGGUAUUGAUUUGAAAGAAUGCGUCAACGUUAUCUGUAUUAGUUUCUCAUAAUACAGAUAACUUUGACGCAUCGCAGAUGUAUGUACGUCUAUUACAUUAUUAUAUUAUUACAUAUUUACAAAAUUAUUAUUGAGAAGUUCUCAAAAACGUGUGUAAUGUUUUGGAGGGGUCUGUGUAUUUAUGAGGUAUACUUCUUAGUUCCACCAUGAUGCGUGUAAUUAACAAUGAAUUCGCAGGUGUUUCUCUUCUACAGUUGUAUUUUAUUUAAGAUUAGGCAAUAGAUAUAUCUCAUUUAAUAUUUAUAGUCAACGAUAUAUUGUGGUUUUAGUAAACUAGAAAGUAAAGCGUAGGAUUUCUAGUUAAAUAUAUAAUAGAAAAUGUGAUGUUUUGAGCUGUCUAAUAUAAUAUUGUUCCUAUACAACUUAAACUAUAAUACUGAAUUCAUUUUAGGAAUUAAAGGCAUUUUAACGAAUUUUAAACGUGAUUAAUUCAGUGUAUUUCACAGCGAGCAUAAGCACAUUUGACCAAGGAUUAGAUCCGUGAAUAGAUCGCGUUUAAAACUCUUUAAUUCCUAAAUUUGUAAUACUCGAGUAAAAUAAAAUAAUUCAUCUAAAUUAGAAGUAGAGAAUUUAAAAAUCUAUUAUCAAAAUCUGUGUAUUCAAUAUUAAAUAACCGAGGUCCUAUAUUGAUAAUUAAAUAUUUAAAUCGACUUCCUGUAAAAGAUGGAAGUGUUCCAUUGGUAGCGUUUAUAACAGUAAGUCUUUGUACUGCUCGUAUUUCUUUGUGUUGUAUUUUUCCCGUUGGAAUUACAC